GAUACAAACAACAUCCAUUAUCUCUCUACACAUAACUCCAAAAAAACGACUCUUUUUCAUUCAGAACACAAAGCAAAAGUAAAAGGUCUCGAUUUUUUCCCUGAAUCUCUCUUUGUGGGUCAGUCACUCUUCAUCAAUGGAUGACAAAGCAAGAAGCUUAAAGAUCAACAAAAACAUUGAGGAUUUCACGAACGUGGAAGAAGAAAUAGAUCACCUAAGAAGAGGUCCAUGGACCGUUGAGGAAGAUUUCGAGCUCAUCAAUUACAUUGCUACUCAUGGUGAAGGUCGAUGGAACUCUCUCGCUCGUUGCGCAGGAAGAACUGAUAACGAGAUCAAAAACUAUUGGAGAACACGUGUUCAAAAGCAUGCAAAACAGCUUAAAUGCGACGUGAACAGUCAACAAUUUAAAGACACCAUGAAGUAUCUGUGGAUGCCUCGGCUCGUAGAGCGUAUCCAAGCCGCCUCUACCGGGUCUGUUUCCACGUCCUCUUGCAUCACCAACUCCUCAGAUCAGUUCGUGGUCAACAACAACAACACCAACAACAUGGAACAUUUGGGUUUCAUAAGUAACCCUAAUGGUAAUGGUUACAUCACGCCGGAUAAUUCCAACGUGGCAGUAUCUCCUGCAUCAGAUCUAACGGAAUGUCAUAUGAGUAGUGAAGUGGGGAAGAUUGGUCAGGAUCAGAAUUUGGUGGAUCCACAAAUAUCAUCGCAGAAUUAUUUGGAUAAUAACAGUGGACUAUUAUUAAACGGAGAAUUUACGAAGAUGCAAGAUCAAAGUGACCUUAAUUGGUUUGAAAAUGUUAAUGGGAUGAUACCUAACUAUUCGGACAGUUUUUGGAACAUUGGAAAUGAUGAAGACUACUGGCUCUUACAACAACAUCAACAAGUCCUCGACAAUGGAAGCUUCUGAUGAAUAGACAAGAAGCAAUUUU